AUGUCUCCCGUUGCGCUUGAAAAGGAGGACCAUACUCGCGAUGCCGAGUUUAACAAGGCCAUGCACGGCCAGACUGCAAAGUCUCGUGGUGGCAUGACUGCCAUACUCGGCAAGGACAAGGCUGCUCAGCAAGCCGCCGUUGAUGAGUACUUCAAGCACUGGGACAACAAGGCGGCAAAGGAUGAGACCGAGGAGACUCGCAAAGAACGACGAGACGAGUACGCCACCCUCACCAGGCAUUACUACAACCUUGCUACCGAUCUGUACGAGUAUGGUUGGGGCCAGUCUUUCCACUUCUGUCGCUAUGCCUACGGCGAGUCCUUUUACCAGGCAAUUGCCCGUCACGAGCACUACCUCGCCCACAAGAUGAACCUCCAGGACAACAUGCGCGUCCUCGACGUUGGAUGUGGUGUUGGUGGACCUGCCCGUGAGAUUGUCAAGUUCGCUGGUGUCAACGUCACUGGCUUGAACAACAACGACUACCAGAUUGAGCGUGCGACCGCCUACGCCGAGAAGGAGGGUCUCUCACACAAGCUCAACUUCGUCAAGGGUGACUUCAUGCAAAUGUCCUUCCCUGACAACUCCUUCGAUGCCGUCUACGCCAUCGAGGCUACCGUCCACGCACCAUCGCUCGAGGGUAUUUACAGCGAGAUCUUCCGCGUCCUCAAGCCCGGUGGUGUCUUUGGUGUCUACGAGUGGCUCAUGACCGACAAGUAUGACAACGAGAACCCUCACCACCGCGAGAUCCGUCUUGGUAUCGAGAUUGGUGAUGGUAUCUCCAACAUGGAAAAGGUCGAGGUUGCGCUUGCUGCCAUGAAGGCGGCUGGUUUCGUCAUGGAGCACCACGAGGAUUUGGCUGAUAGGGACGACCCCUACCCAUGGUACUGGCCUCUGUCUGGCCAGCUCAAGUACAUCAGCACCCUUGGCGACAUCCCCACCAUUCUUCGUAUGACAAAGGUUGGACGUGGACUUGUCCACAGGUUCGUUGGUUGCCUUGAGACAAUCGGUCUUGCCCCCAAGGGCACUCAGAAGACCGCCGACAGUCUUGCCCUGGCCGCUGACUGCCUUGUUGCCGGUGGCCGCGAGAAGCUCUUCACACCCAUGUACCUCAUGGUCGGAAGGAAACCAGCUGAUGCUUAA